AUGGCGGAGUUUCACGAGUGUCAUGGAACUUUGGUAUUUUUAAGCAAUGGUAACCGCAGUGCUCGAAGACGAAGCUCCGCCGCAGAAUUUAAUAAUGGUCUGAUAUUUAGUAAGAGCCCAAUGAAGGACAAUGAACGAUUUGAGGUACGACUGGACCGUAAAAUUGGAAACUGGUCAGGAUCCUGGGCGAUCGGCGUGACAGCCGGCGAUCCCAGCGUUAUGGAAAUUCCAUCGAGUUCAACGGGCCUAAAAAAUGGCUCUUGGGUCAUGUCUGGAAUGUCUAUUCUAAAGGACGGUUCUUCUUUUGUGGAAGAAUAUGGUCAAGACCUCGACGAGCUCAAAGAGGGAGACAGGAUAGGUGUUGAAAGGACAGCCCAUGGAAGUUUACAUUUCUUUGUCAAUGGAGUUGAUUUGGGAGUUGCGGCUACAGAUAUUCCUCAAAAUGUUUUUGCUGUUGUAGACUUGUACGGAAGAUGUGUUGAGAUAUCAAUUUACAAACCUUUCAAUCGUGUAUCUGGUAAGUGACUCCAGCCAUUUAGAACUUACGGAAUACGUUUUUUCUAUAGGUCUCAUUAGGCAUAUCAAACCUUGCAAUAUUUAAUUGUUUACUGAUCUCAGAUAGUCCUUCAGAUAUUUACUUGGCCAUAAAAAGAUGUGUCUUCAAUUGAACCCCUUAAUAUAGGUUUUCUUUUCUGUAUCUUUUGUAGUAAUGAUUCUAAUUAAAGAUUUAAAUAGACACUUGAGAGGAAUCAACUGUUACCACACUAUAAGUAUUUUAUAUAUUGCUUUUUUGUUGUGGCAAGAUUUUUGUGAUCAACUGCUUCUUUCUAUUACAAAGAAAAAACUUUUCGAUAAACGAUAGAAUAUGAAUUUUAUUCUAUUGAUGAGAUACUCCGGUAGUAAUCAUAUUUUUUAAAAAAAAAGUAGCAUCACCAGAAUCAUUUGACUGGUACAGUGUUGAUAUUGGCAUCAGCCGAAAAUUCAAGUAAUAUGUAAAUGAUUCAAUCAGGUCAUCACUUUCCCUUCAAUAUUGUAUUACUUACCAAUUAAAAAAAUACCUUUAAAAACAUCCUUAACUGUGUGCAAUACUUUUACAUAAUAAGUAUAAAUGUAAAAAACAUCACUGGAGUUAACCCUUUAACUCCCAUGAGUGACCAAGCCAGAACUUCUCCUUACAAUAUCAAUACAGUAUCAUGCAGAAAAGUGAUGAGAAUAAAUACAAAUAUCAACCAGGGAAUUAUUAGUUGAUCCAAUACCAAAUUCUCCAAACUAACAUUACAAGAAUUGUAUAGCAGACAGUAAAGAGAAUUACUAUUGAGAGUAAAAGGGUUAACUCUUUACAGUGUAAUAUCAGUUAGCAUAUUCUCCCUACUGUUCUCUAUGCAUUGUCUAAGGUGCUGAUGAGAAGAAUUUAUGAAACAAUCAAGAGCCUCUUUAACUGGUGACCAUUUCUUUUAUUCUUGUGACCUUAAUGUUUGACUCAGGGGUGAUAUUGCAAAGAGAAAUUAGAUGCUGGUCACUGUUUGGGGUAAAAAGGUUAAGCAGACCCUUAGGGAAUAUUAUGUUCAUAUAAAUAACUUGUUCUAAGUUUUCCCAAUGGUAACAGUACAUCAUCCAAUUGACCAACUUAGAAGAAGGCUGUCUACUGAUAUUACAAUAACUUCUCUCUAAAAUUUUAGAAGGUAGUGUAUAGUUAGUAGUAUGAAGAAUCACAAUUCACAUCAGGGCUUCAUUUAACUGAAAUUUCUGUUAAUACAGGUCCUUCAACAGCAUCAGUUUGCUUUCACCCUCAUUGUGGAUCACUAAUAAAACUCUCUAAUAGUAACAGAACUGCAGAACGACAACGACCAACAGAAGAGUUUAAGAAUGCUGUAACUCUGACAAAUAUACCACUACAAAAUGAUGAAGCGUUUGAAGUAAGUGUGACACAAAAUUUUAUUUUUAAAGGUGAUUUUUUUCAGUAAUUCAAUUAUACUAUCAUGCCAUCAAGUAAAUUUGAUUUUUAUCCCUAACAAAGAAAUUAGGGUGAAUGCAUUGAAGCAACAUUGUGUAUUCAGGCCAAGAGGCCCACAUAGCUAAGCUUAUGCUGAGAACAUUUGAACUCAAAGCAUUAACAUCGGUUGUGAGUGAUAAACAUGGAAUAAAUUUACUUGAGAAAUAAUUCUUAGUUUUAUUUGUGAGGUUCUGCUUUAAGUGAACCUUCAGUAGAGAUGGAGAUGAUACAAACAGGCUGUUGAGACUCACUGCUUAGCUCUUUAUCCCCCUAACAUCAGUAUUGAUAUUCUUCAUACUAUUCACCAUACAUGUCCAAUGGUGCUGACAAGGAGAAUUUGUUUGGUAAUCAAGAACUGCUUUAGUUGGUGAUCAUUUCCUCUAUUCUCAGUACCUCAAUGUUUGAUUCAAGGGUGAUAUUGUAAGGAGAAAUUAGAUGCUAGUCACUCUUAGGGGAUAAAGGGUUCAUAGAGGUGACUCCUUAACAGAGGUGUGGAUUACAAUAGCUAAGGGGGAAAUUUCAGGACUUUGACAACUGACAGCUCAGUACCAGAUGACUGCGUAAUGUGGUGCUGCUUAAUUAAUACAAGUUCAAAUGUGUUUCAAAUUUUCUAGGUUCGGUUAGAGUGUGUCACUGAUUUAUGGGCAGGCUCAAUAGAAGUUGGUGUCACAAGUCACAAUCCAGAUGAUAUUGUUUUGUUACCGACCAUGACCAGCAUGCCAACGGGGACUUGGAUGCUGAGUGGAGCAUCAAUUAUUGUUGAUGGCAAGGAAGUGAAAAGAGACUACUCAAGUAUUAAUUUAGAAACACUACAGGUACUAUGGUGAAAUGGAGUAAGCUUUAUUUUCCUAAAGGGGGGUAGUAUAACUGCAUUCGAUUGUGUUGUACUCUUGAGAAGGACCGUUGUUGGUGGUGGUGACUGAUGUUUUGACAACCUGCAUGGAAGUCAUCUGAAGACUCUGAUAAUGACUUCUGCUCAGGAUGUCAAAACAGUCACCACUACUGAUGAUAUUCCUUCAAGACUACCCUGACCAAGACAAUCAGACUACACAAUCAAAUGUUACCCCCUGGUUUAGACCAAUCACUGCAAAGCUCCAUAGAUUAUUCAACAAGUAAAGAUAAACAAUUCAACAAAAUUCAAAUAAACAUAGCAAAAUAACCCAGCCAGGAUUCAAAUCCAGACAAAUUGAUGGAGAGUUCAGUACACAGAUUGUCAGGGCACCUUGGCCUUCCAAAAAUGUCUGAGGGUACAGAGCAAUACUUCUCCCUCCCCAGGUUGUAAAUAAUUCAUGGGGAACCUCGACGUUUUCACUCCUAAGAUCUAUAUACCAACUCUCCUUUCUGUUUGCCAAACAUAUCAUAUAAUUCAAGUUCUGAGAAUUUGAUAUCCCCUAGAUGAUAGAUCUAGUAAGGUGGGUCAAUUGGCUUUUCGUCUUUUCAAUCUCUUUUUGGGAACUGACAUAUACCUCUCCCUUUUCUUUGACAACUUGUCCUCUAAUAUCAAUAUUAUGAUUAUGAUCAAAUUUAUUUAAAAAAGUCUUUAAUCUCUUCUUAGGCAGGAGACACAAUUGGAAUUUUGAAAAAGAGCACAGGCUCUCUUCACUUCUUGAUCAAUGGACAAGACCAGGGUGAAGCAGCCAGCAAUCUGCCUAGUAAUGUUUAUGGGGCUGUAGAUAUUUAUGGAGCUGCAGUCAAAGUGUCUAUUAUAUCAGUUCCUCAUAUAGAACAAGAGCAAGACUCUGGUCAGUUAAUAAGUAAGUAUUCAGAUUUCUAAAAAUAUAACCCAGUUAUUUACAGUGGCAAAUAAACAAAUGAUCCUUUCAGGUGACCUGCAAUGACCCUCUAACUCCCAAGAUCUGAUUGUUAAUUCUCCCCUCUAGCUGCUACACAUUUCAUUGUAAAUAAGUUACAAGAAUUUGGUGUUAGAUCAAGAUAACAACUUCUACCUGAUACAUUUGAGCAUUCUCAUUAACUGUUUGCUAGAUAGUGUAUGGGUAUUGUAGGGAGAGGUUACUUCUUAAUCACUUCUGGGAGUUAAAGGAUUAAAGAAAUUGUAAGGAGACAGCUCAAAAAAAAGAAAAAGGUAUCACGACAUGGGAACUUGUGCCCCCUCAACCCUUGUUGGGCACCACUACCAACUGGGCAAGAGAGCCGCAUGUUGGGAACAAGGAAAAUUUACAGCUGAUUGUUUAUUAACUUCUCCUUCAGAUGAAAGUGUAAUCAAUGCAAGUGGCAAUGCACUUGUGUUUCAUCCUCGCUGUGGCUCCUCUGUCUCAUUGUUUAAUGGCUUUCUUAGUGCUCACAGACCAAGGUAUGUUUUGUGUGUAUUCUUACCUUCACAUUUGUAGUAAGCUAGAAAUUCGUUAAGGGACAAAAUUAGCUGAUGCAUGAUGGUGAAACAUAAGCUAGGAAUUUGAAAAAUUCUUGAUGGAAGUGGUUCUAUCCUUCCCCUUCAUUUCACCCCCACCACCUUCUGUGUAGAAAUGCAGUGGCCUAACAGUGAGCACACUGGUCUCAAGGUUAAAGGGUCCAGGUCUGAGACCUGGCUGUGUCAUUGUGUGGUGUUGCUGAUCAAGAAAUGCUUCUCUCCACCCAGGAGUAUGAAUGGGUAUUGGUGAACUGUUAGGAAUAUUUUAUGAAAUGUUGGAAGUGGGGGUUAAAAUGUGAUGGACCAGCAUUUUUCAGGGGGAGAAGCAUUACUCACUGUUUCUUCAUGAGACAGAAACCUGGAUAAGCUCUCACUAGAUGGGCUGCUUCCCUCAAAUACAGGCUAAUGUACCUAUUAAUGUAAUUUAGUGUUAUCAACUGAGUCGAAAAUGUGAAUUAGCCACUGUAAAGAGUUUAAAGGCUGGUGUUUUGAGUGUUAGCUCUUCAUCAAUCACUCUGACAAAGGGCUAAAGCUUGAAACAUGUUUUCAACUCCGUUGAUAACACUAAAUUACCCAGUUAUACUCACCCACUGAAACAGCACCACAGUUUCUUUAGAAACUUACCCCCUCUUUUCAUUUACCUAUUAAUGGUUUACCCUAGGAUGGGAUGGGAGAGGGGGGGAGGGGGAGGGGGAGGAUAUCUACCAGAAAUUGACUGAGAGGACCUCCCUCUCUCUGUAGGGAAUUUGACCUGGCCACCAUCUCUGAAGACCACAUGACUGUAGAAAUGGGUAUCUGCUUGGAAGUCACUUAACGAAAUUUGUGUAAUGAAAUUGGUAUACAAUGUCUUUGGUCUCCAGGGUUAGAACUUUUACAUACAACUGAUACCCAAGAAUAGGAACUGAAAAUGUCAAAUUCUCUUGGGUUACACCCCCUACCCAUUCUGGGGCAAACCACUGAUAGGUGCUAAAGCUUUUUACCUUAUAGCUUUUGGUAACUGUAAUAAGGUAUGUUUGCUUUUCUUUCUGACACCUUCAGGGCCAGCGAAGAAUUCAAUAAUGCUGUUGUUUUAACAAGUCGGUACUUGAAACCCAAUGAACUCCUCGAGGUGCGAGUCGAUAUCCAAAUGACAAAGUGGGCAGGGUCUCUUGAGAUUGGAGUCACCACCCAUGAUCCUGAAAAAUUAGAUUUUCCUUCAACAAUGACUAAUGUACAGCCACCUGGUACCUGGAUGAUGUCAGGGGGGAGCAUUGUGUGUGAUGGUGUUACUGUCAUUGAAAACUAUGGUCCAACAUUGGAUGAAAUCAAGGUAGAAAUGCAUUGGUCUUCAUUUUUUACUGUUUUAAUCUGUUGUUGAAUUGUGAAAAGAAAAAAAAAGAUCUGUUAUGAAAGGUUGAGUUUGGCAUUGAACUGACUCCCUUGGAAGAUGACGUAAACGAGACUCUCUUUGUAGGUAAAAUAUAACUGUAAUUCUAAGAUAUCAUCUAUUCUACAUUGGGCUUCACUACUUUCAGCUUUCAAAAUAAUUUGAUACAAUGCAGAACUUUGUCUCAGGUAAACAUUACUGUAAAAGCAUGUCAAAGAAAUAAGGUCAUGUCGUGCUGUAGGAAAUUCCUCUCAUUUAACGUAACUCUUUCACUUGUAAGAUCACAUAGGCAAUUCUCCUUACUGUCUGCCAUACAACUCUUAUGAUGCUAGUUUGGAGAAAUUGGUAUUGGAUAAAAUUGUUAUUUUUCUUUAUUCCAUCCCUUGUCUGAUUGAUAUUGUAUUGAUAUUGUAACGAGAAAUUUUGUCUUGGUCACUCAUAAGAGAGACACUCUGCUUAGAGUUUUAAGCAUUUGGAAUGGCAGUAUUCUAUUUUUUUUUAAAGGAAGUGCUACUGAACUGUUAUUUCACUUUCUUGCUUUCUAACUGAAAAUGGCAGAAACUGAAACUUGUGGAAUGUUAGGAGAUAUUUAGGCCAUGAAAUCAGGCCAUGAACUAUUUUGCUAAAUGUCAUAAUAGAAUUUAACCUUUAACUCCCAAGAUCUGAUUGUUAAUUCUCCCCUCUAGGUGCUACACAUUUCCUUGUAGAUACACUACAAGAAUUAGGUGUUAGAUCAAGAGAACGACUUGAUAACUUUGAGCUUUCUCAUUAACUGUUUGCUGGAUAAUGUAUGUAUAUUUUUAGGGAGAAGUUGCAUGUUAAUCACUUCUAGCAGUUAAUGAAAGGGUUUAAACGUUCGCUUUCACUGAGGUGAAAGGUGAUUACAGGAUGGAAAACGCUUCUAUUUCUAAGAUUUCAUUUUCAGUCAUUUUGUUACUAUCCUAACAGGUUGGUGAUACAGUUGGAGUGAUACGCAAAGAAGAUGGCUCAUUACACUUCUUUGUAAAUAGCACUGAUCUUGGUUGCGCAGCACAUGGUGUGCCAGCUGAUGUUUAUGGAGUGGUCGACUUGUUUGGUCAAUGCGCUCAAGUGACUAUUGUCUCUGGGACUCAGGAAAAUGGAGAGGUUGAUUUAACAAACUCACUGAAUGGUAAGAACCCAGAGAAUUCUUUUGCUAUCACAGCCUACAUGUAUUGCUCCAGUGAAUCGAGUCACAACAUGUUCACAGAACUGCUGUUUUAUUGACUCAAUAGAAAGUAAAUCUUAAUUAGACACUGAGAGAAUUAAGAUAACGGGUGCAAUUAAAUUACAAACGAAUAAAUAAAAUAGCACAAUACAAUUAAAAUCCAUACACUUUUAAAGUCGCUAAAAAGAAAUGUAAAAUUUAUUAAAUUAAGUAAGGAAAAACGAUGUUGCGUACAAUUUGCUUUCAACAAACUUUCAUUUCACAAUUUUUAAAUAAUGAAAAUAAAACUGCAAAAAAUAAUGUUAGAAAGUUCGGGAUAAAAUAAGUAAAUUUAAUAUAAAUGUAAUUACCUUGGUGCUUGCUGCCUCAGUCACUUAGACCAAUCUAACUUGAUUUUCGGCACUUGACCAAGCUUAGUGAAUUAACUUGAAAAGCUUGAAUCACAAGAGCAACACGCCCGCUGUAAUUUUCGAACUAUUGUUGUGAAAUUUUGUCGAAUGAUUCAUUUAUUUCUCAUACAUUUGUGUUGCAGACGUUUCAGAAAUAACUAUUAUUACGCCAGAACCACAACAACCUGUAGAGUCACCUCCAUCGCAGGAAAUCAUGGCAGAAUCGAAUGAGGGUUUUUUCAAAUUCAGUUCUUUUCAUGGCGGACAAGUAGCUGUCAGUCACAAUUGUCGCAGUGCAGUUCGCAUUAAUCCGCUGUGUGAAUUUAACAAUGCUAUUGUGAUGAGCCACAGGCCUUUAAGAGACAACGAGCUGUUUGAAGUUAUUGUGGAAAAGCUUGUGAGUCGAUGGUCUGGCUCGAUGGAAGCAGGUUUUGUAUACGUUCAUAAUAAUGUUCAUGAAAAAAUUACGCGCUGCUGAUUGGCUGAAAACGAGUGCCUUCUCAUGUAACACGAUGGCAAAGUUGUAACACGAGUGCAAAUUGCAAAUAGCGCGCCCGUGCUUUAGAUGCAUUUAAGCUAGAGACGUUAAAGUUGUCUAAGACGUUAAAGUCGUCUCGACACGACUUUAACGCCUUAGACAACUUUAACGUCUCUAGCAUAAAAACGGCCUUUCACACUUUCGUCUGUCUUCCUUUUCUGUGGGUUUUUUUCGUGUAAAUUAUACUACGAGCUCAUGCAAUUUUGUUGUCUUUGAAUAAUUUACUCGUGCUUAUUAAUACCAAAUUGCGCUCGAAAUCAUGGUAUUACCUUUUCUAGAAUGAACAGAAAUAUAUUUUUUUUAGAAGGAAGGAGAACUUUAACAUCUUAAGAAAAAACCAUCCUCCUCUUUUCUCAGUCAGUGAAAUUGUUUCUUGGUUUUUCAAGGCUUAACCUCCAUUUUAGGCAUUUGUGUCAUAAGAUUGCACAAGUGUAAAGCACGGAGGAAUAGGAAACUUGAAGUUUUCUCGGCUAUGUAAAUGUCAUGAAGAAAUUACAUUUGCACUACACAGCCUCAGACAUUGUAGUUCUUACCUAGUGCUUUCAAAGUGAGUAGGGAAAAAUAUCAAAUCCCAUUGCUCAUGGCAAGCAAAAAAAUUAGAGAUUAGAGUGGUUCACAUUAAUGAAGAUUCCUAAUUUGAUUUUAAAAUUUAAUUCUACCAAAACCUUGAAUUUGUAAUGGAAAAAAAGGCAGUGUCGGGCGCAUGUUUCGAGCGUUAGCCCUUCACGAAUAAUUCGCUCUGACGAAGGACCAAUGUACGUUAUCAACUCAGUUGAUAAUACCAAAUUACCUUGUUAUACUCUCCCACCGACGUAGCAUACUCAACUUAUUACAUCUCUCAGUUGAUACGGGCGCUAUGAUUGGUCAAUUUAGAGGGCUGUAUUUCACUGUACGGCCUGCUAAUUCAAAAGUUUGUUUGAAUUGAGAUGUCCCCCCUUUAUUUGAACCCAGAUAUAAAGUAAGCAUCUUCCUAACCUCGUUUUCUUGGUCCAUACUGCAAGGUAUAGAACCUCGGUUUUUUUUUUCUUUUUUUCUCACUCGGAUUUGUGGCCCACGCGCUUUACCAAAAAUACUGCUUUCUUCGAGUACCAAAAAAAUGAGCCAUAUGAGUUAAUUUCUGCAGUGUGAUUGCCUUUUUUUUUUUUACCAAGUUUGACUUUUUUUGUGGUUAUUUUGUUUGAACAGGAGUAACUACAGUCUCUCCUGAUCAGCUCAAGUUCCCUCAUACCAUGACUGACCUCGUUAGUGGGGCAUGGAUGGUGUCUGGAUCGUCUGUGCUACAGAAUGGUAGCACAUCCAUGAAUGGGUAUGCCUGUGACUUGGACAAAUUAGAGGAAGGGUCCCGUCUUGGAAUAAUGCGUAAAUCGAGUGGAUCACUACAUUUCUUUGUCAAUGGGCAAGACUGUGGAGUUGCUGCUUCUAGUGUUCCAUCAGGUAAUGAACGCGGUGUUGAAAGAGUCUCGUAACAGGAAGCUACCCAGUAGAGACAAAGUUAUAGUUAGGUAGUAUGACUGGCGGCUGAAUUUUCAAGUGAGGCAGCUCAAAGAUGGCGCUACAAAUAAGACGCUUGGCAUCUUCUACUGCCAUGGUUUACCGAGCGAUCACAACAGAUAUGCAACUGUUACUACUCGGCUCAAAUCAUUUGCUAUAAGGUUAAGCAAACGAAACUAACUUUCCUGCGUUUCCCGACAGGAAUCUAUGCUAUGAUUGACCUGUAUGGCCAGUGCGUCCAGAUCUCUAUAUAUGAUGCAGAUUACACUGAAUCUCAAGAGACGAUUCCAGUCCCUGCUGAACAGAGAGAGACAGAGGCCAGCCCUAUAAUUACAGAAGGGCCAGCAAGUAUGUCUGCGUUAAAUUUCCAUUGGUGCAUUUUGACUGAGCAUGGUAAAAGACUAAAACAGCAAUCACAAUGGCCGAUCGGAACAGAGGAGAAUGUCAUCAGGAGCCAGAACUCAAAUUAAGAACUAGUAAACGGUUUGAAGAGUAGAGUAGUGCAAGUGACAAAUUCGAAAUUACUUUUAGUUUGCAAUUUUUUGGUUAAGAAGGUUUCGUGUAUGAAUGAAAAUUGAAAAAAAAAAUUGUGUUGGAGGCCAACAGCAAGAUAACUGCCUGCGUUUUGUUACCAUUACGAAAUUUAUCCCAGAUUGCAUUGGUUUUGCCUUACUUCGCUGUGAUUGGUCCAGAAAACUCGCGCCAUUCUCUCAACCAAUCAGAUGCAAAAUUAAAGCCAACCACGACUUGGUCACCCGCGUUUUCCCGCGCUCUUGGUAGAGUGGUUGUUUUUACUCUGAGUUCUCAUUGGCUCUUAAAAGUAUUUUCCUUUCUUCUGAUUGGCUGUCGUAAAUACUUAAGUUUUCGUUUUACAUCAGUUAAUCGAACUACGCUCCAUUAAGUGAAGGAACGCAAUACCAAUGCAAUCUUGGUCUACUUUCGAAAACCAUUUCAAAAUUAUUUUUCUUCAAUGAGAACUCUAUGAUAGAUCAACCAAGGACUGCUUUAUCUACUUUUGACUCGUUGUGUGACCUGAUCUUGACCAGGUAAAGUGACAUGCGGAUUUCAUUCCUGUUGUGGAAGAAACAUUCGACUUGUGAACAAUAAAAUGACUGCGUAUAGAUGCAGUGGAUUUAAUCAAGGUCUGGUGUUCAGUGCAAAACCUUUGGAAGAAGAUGAAAUAUUUGAGGUAACAGACACAAAGCAGUUAUUAUGUGUUGUGUGCUAGUUAGUCAGUGAUAAUGUUUGGUGUGCCUGUGAUUACGUUGAGUAGCCUGUGCUCCCCGCCCCCACAAGCAUCAGUAUUAGUUCGUGAUAAAUUUGUACGUGCAGUUGUCUCUCGAGAAAACCAAUAGCAUGAUGGAGUUGUGUGAAAUUACUACAUUUCAACUAUUGAUGUAUGUCGACAAGAGGUACUCACUCGUGACAAAUGUAUGCCUGUCCAUGAUAACUGUCUUUCCUGUUAGGUGUCCACUUGUAAACAGUGUCUGUCCCCAGAGGGUAUGUAAGCGCAGGGUCUCAAUAAAAGCUAGUUACUGGCAGUAUACCGACACCUGUAAGACCUCUUUCCUGGCACAGCCGCCUAUUUUACCGCCGGUAACCGCUUUUGGAAACCCCAGCUGUGCGGGGAGUUGCCUAUGUAAAGGGGCUUUGACUGAUCUUUUACUUCACAGAUUGUCAUCGACAAAGUUACAGGCAAUGACUGGUCAGGAUCUUUAACAGUUGGUAUCACAACAAAAACCAUACCGCUAGUGACUGUUCCUGCCUCAGCACUGGACCUGCGAGAUGGGACUUGGCUGAUGACCGGAUCCUGUGUCAUGAAAGACAGUGCGAUUGUAAAAGAGAACUAUGGACACAGUUUGGACAGACUACAGGUAUGUUUCAGCUGAACUGUUGCAAACUGACACUCACUUAUGGUGAACGAGCCAGAUGAACCGCGAAGUGGCCACGUAUUUCCUUUUUUUUUUCCUUUCGAAAAUCAUCAGGCGAACAAUUCGAUUCCAUGGUGCGGUGGGUCUAUUCAUUAAAACAUCACACAUGACGCCACACACGUGGUAAGAACAAAAAAAGUGGCGCACAAGUGGCAGCCCGAUGUCUAUGACGAUCUUACCACAUUUUGACGUCAUCUGUGAUCUAUUACUGAGCAGACCCACGACAAUAUGGAAUCUUUUUCGAUGUGUUAUGUAAUAAAGAGGCAAAACUAUCUGCCUUUCCUCCAAUUUAUCGUAAGUAAGAACUAAAAAAAGUGCAAGUGUAAUUCAGGUAUAACCCUCGUACAAGAAGGUCCCAAAAUCUUGAUGAUUUCCCUAUUUGCGCCUUGCUUCUUAGCUCUGAGUAUUAAGUUCCUUGGAGGAACUCGUUUCUAUAACUUUUAUGGUAACUUCGAAGCUGAGAGCGUUCCUAAGCUUAUAUAAAACUUACACCACAGGCUGAAACAAGAAUAGGAAUGCAAAGGCGUAGAGAUGGGACUUUUCAUGUGUUCGUAAAUGGGGAGGAUCAGGGAGUCGCAGCUGUGGAUGUUCCUCAGGUAAGUUUAUGUACAAAGCAUCACUGACUUGGCUUAGGAAGAUGGUUUUAUUACCACCUGGUACUUUUAUGAUUGGUUUGUUAGCAUGUCAGUCUGUCCAAAAAGAAACAAACCCACUCGUAUGUCACCAGCAUGUGAUCAGCACGUGAUUAUCAGACGUUCUCACCCGUUUGAUACUAACGUCGCUUUUUAUUGGCCAUACAGAGGGACGAUAUAAAUUUAAAAGCAUGCAACUUGAGGAUCGAACACGAUUUGUUUGAGUGAUAAGCUAUGUAAUGAUUUUCUUUCAGGUUGUUCAUGCAGUAGUUGAUGUCUAUGGCAUGGCGCAACUUAUCUCUAUAUCGAGUCCGACUACCGGUAUGUUCUUAUGGAUUUAUAUCAGUAUGCGAAUAACUGCACACCUACCCCUUCCUUAACCCAACAACACUCAACUAAUAAAAAAAGGUUAGUGUUAAUGUUGGAUUAAGGGAGGGGUAGGUGCGCAGCUGCUCAGAUACAGACAUUGAUCCGUUCUGUAUGUUGUCCGAGAUUGAGAAUCAGUCUGAUAAUCUUUUUCAUCCACCAAUAUUUUCAUUUAUAUUAAGGUUUAAGUUUAUGGUUUUCUUGGUACUGAGGUUUGUUUGAAUACCCGGAUCUUUACCAAAAUUUCUCUCCUUUCAGUCGAUAGAACUUUGCCUGCCAGUGAACUGGUGGAUGGCGAACCACAAUCGUCCGUUUCUCCUGACACCGAGGUAAGACAGUAAAUUUGACUACAGCCGUUAUUAAUAGGGGUUGGGGGGAAGGGGAUUUUAUACCACGUGGCAGGAAUAACUGGGAUAUGCUUAUUAUACCUUGUUGAUACAGGGGUCCGUUACGCGAAAGUUCCGGUAAUAUUAGGGGCCUGGAGCCGUAUAAUGAAAUCUCAGUUUUGGGAGUAGUAGAGUGGGGCUUAAAAACUGACACAUUCUUCCGAACCCUUUGACCCCCAAGAGUGACUAGAAUCUAAUUUCUCCUUACAAAACCACACCCAAAUCACACAUUAGUUUCAAGAGAAUGAAGGAAAUGAUCACCAACCAUGAAGCUUUUGAUUGUCAAACAAAAUCUCCCUCUCAGCACCUUAGGAAAUGUAUAGAAAGCAGUAUGUAGAAUAUGCAUACUGAUGUUAAAGUGUAAAGAUAAGGUUGUCACAUUCAUCUUUUUUUGGCCUCGCGUAUGUUUUCCAGACAUCAGAUCAAGUCGAAGAAGAUACAAGAGAGGCAAUAAAAAUAUUUAAAAAGUAAGUGGUUACCCUGUGAACAUGUCGCUGUCGCCAGCUUGCUCUUGUCGCGUAAUGUAGAUCUCUCAUGGGUACCCUGGAAAGGUUGGGCUAAACAUUCUUUCCAGAUAUAAAAAGUUGGUUUAGUAUAUACUAAAACAACUUGCUCUCGUCGUGUAAUGUAGAUUUCCCGUGGGUACCCUGGAAAAGUUGGUCUAAACACUCUUUCCAAAUGUGAAUAGUUGUGUUAGUAUAUACUAAAACAGUUAAAUAAUAAAGCACAAAAACUUGAUUUUAACUAUUUUAUUCCUGCAACGAUUUCAACAUUUUGUGGCGCAAAUCCUGCGCGCAAAUGCUCAGAGGUUAAUAGCAAAAGAUAUUCGUAAUUUGAGUAAGCAAUCAGAACGCACCUUCAACGUUAUCCACUGUAUAAAUCUACUGAAGAGUGUUGUACUAAAUAUUCAGUUCAUUAUUUUUCCGGCAGAUUUCUUUUCCAUAAAAACUGCGGUCAAUUCAUUUCACUGGAUAGUAACCGAACAACAGCGAGAAGAGUUGACAGUUACAAUCAUGGAGUAGUGUUGAGUGAAACACCUCUACCAGAUAACCACUUAUUUCAGGUCUGGUUUCAACAAAUCAAGGGAUUCUAUUCAUUAUUUUGCACCUACUCUCCGCCGGUUUCACUUUUUCCUGCUUUUUCUACCCACUUCUGUUUUUCCCACUCAACACUAGAUCCUUGCUUUACCGCGAGGUAGGGGAGGGAUGGGAUGGGUGGGGUUCGAGCCCAGCCUGGGGUCUGAGACCGAACCAACACCCUGGGGUCUUAAUGUAACAGUGGAGAAUGUGCUGCCUUUGCCAUGAAUCUGCAAAUGAUUAGACGUUCCUCCUUUCUCGGAUAAGCACCUCAAGCCUGGUAUGCCCCGUCUCCUGUAUCUUCUCUCUUCUGGUUAGUAGGGAACGUUAAUUAACGAACAGGGAACGUAUCUCCCAGUGGUGUAGUCUGUCCUUGUUUCCAAAAUAUUCCAAAGUUAAGGGCACCUGCAAAAUUUUCUUUCAAAAAAUCGUAAACUACCAAAUACGGUCUGGCUGAAGUUUCCAACAAAGUGUUUUAAAGCGCAUCAGUGCACAUAUACAAGGGGAGUGCGCUAUAUAGCUGCAUCUUUGUUAUUAUUGCUAAAGAGUACAAACUCUCAAAGAGUAAGAAUUCACCACACAGGAACAAGGCUAGUUAAGGAAUGGAAGAUACUAAAUCAGAUCCCAAAUGGCACACUUGAACUUUAAGCUCCACAUUCCACGACGUAAAGAAUGCAUGAUUAGAUUAUACUUAGCCCUUAAUAUUACCUCUUCUAACUCUAGGUAUGUAUCAGAAAGUUGAAUAGUCGCUGGACUGGCUCUGUUAUGAUCGGCGUCACGGCUCAGGAUCCAGACUCCCUCACCAGCCUUCCAAGCACGGCUAACAGCAUCAAGAUCUGUCCUUGGAUUGUUGUCAAUAACGCAGUGUAUGUUAACGGGAACAAGGUAAGAAUUCAUGCUAUGGUGGGGUAGUUAAAAUGUUGUCCCUCGCUGACGUAGUUUCUUCGACCUCUGUCUUCCUACUUUAUGAAUGCGGUUUUCACGUUGUUUGUAUUUUCGUUUCGUAGGUAAACGACAAUCUACGGCGAAGUCUUGACAGUCUUCAGGAAGGAGACACCCUUGGAGUUUUGAUCGAUAAGAAAAGCAGGUUGCACCUGCUUAUUAACGGAGAGGACCUGGGACCGAUUGCCCAGGCCAUCCCCGCCAGACGAUUUGCAGUGCUGGACUUGUAUGGUUGCUGCGAGGAAGUGUCUAUCGUAACUGCUGAUCAUGGUGAACGCGGGCGUGUUUCUAUGGAGGAAACCAAGAUCGAGAGAAGCUCGGGUAAUUAAGGACGUAAUUUUUUGUCAAUCUUACUAUUUCUGUGAACGCCUGCCUCUUCAUUAAAAAAUUUUGAUUGUUUUUUGCCGUUGUCUUUGUUUCCUUACAAUAAAAUGAUUGCCUUCUUGCUGUCAUAUACGUUUCCAGGUGAACACAGUAAAGGCCCGUGUGAUUACAGACAACUUUGUGAUCGAUUCCGUGCUAGUUUGGCAAUACCAGGUGAGAAUUACUCUAAAACUACUCAAAGGGUCGAGGAAGGCAAAUAGAAAUAAGACAUUUGUGCUCGUAUCUAGUUGUCAACCCUUGACACCCUGGCAUCAGUAUCUAUAUUCUCCAUACUCUUAACUAUACAUGUCCUUUUGUACAAACAAGGAGAAUUCAUUUAGCAAUCAAAGCUUUUUAGGUUGGCGACCGUUUCUAUUGUUCUCAUGAUCUUAAUGACUGAUUCAAAAGUUUUAGUGUACGGAAAAAUCAGAUGCUGGUUACUCUAGAGGUUUAAAUGAGUUAACUGAACUUAUUUUUUUGGGUUCUCGAUUAUUGAGUUACCAAUGCAAGUAUGUGUAUCCUUUUCAUUGAAAAGUACAGCAUUACUUCAGUUUUGUUUCUUGUUUUAACAAAGCAGGAUUUUCGUUCAAUGGAAAAUUUCAUUGUUGGCGCUAUGAUGGUACUUGAACUCGUUUCAUGUAUAUUUUACUGCAAUCCACAGAUGAAUAUUUUAAUACAGACUGCAAAUCCAACGUCUGCUAUUGCCAGGCGUGCCACGAAGCCCGAGGUGAAAAACGUUAUGCUAUCAGCGGUGACCCACCUUGUCGGUAUGCGCUACCUUUGGGAUGGUGUCAGUUUGCGCUAAGGUGAGCAUGCGCGGAUUCGAACCAUUCGUUUCAAUUCGUUCGUAACUAGGUAGGUUGAUGUGGGUCUAAGAUCUGAAAAAUCAUCAUGUACAUUUUUUUAUCUCGUUUAGAAUUCCUCCACGAGUCGAAGAAUAUCACUUGUUCGACAAAUGGCACGUGGCAUUUUACGGAACUCCUAUUGGGCGACUUAGAAGAAUGCUUGAUCUUGGUGAUAUUCCACUGCAAGGUAAACAGCACUGUUCUUCUAACUAACUAUAAUUUUCUUAUCGUUUGGACAAAUGUAGGUUUUACUGAUACUUGUCUCGUAUUUGUCAGUCUGUAGUGGUCAGCGGCGGAGGGGCUCAUCAAACAAAGAAAAUGAAGUCCCCCAGCUCUGUGUGUCACCCACAAUCAUUUGCGCGUACGAAGCCCAAGCUAAAAGACAGGAGUAAGUAACUGAUAUCAGUGAUGAUAUUCGUUGCCAAGCACAAUGGCAGUCUUAACAAUGGGUAACAACUUAGUGGAAAAUUUGGUGUUUGUGAUGUUUUUGAUGGGAGAGUUGAACUUUUACCAAUUACUUCAAUAAUAUGUUUCCAAAAACCGCAUUUGGUUGAAAUAGCGCGGCGGCGCUUUUUACUUCAACAAUGUUUUUCUACUAGUCAAUGCCGCACGUAAUUUGUUUUUGCUUUUUUCUCACGCCUAAUAGGAUAUUGCAUUAACUUUACUGAGCGUCGCGGCGCUUGGUGAAUUCCGUGACCAGUCGAUGCAGCGCCUAUCUUCGGCUGCUUUUUCUCGUCUCUUAGGAAUAUUUUUACCUGUAAUUACCUUGAUGUGACUGUCAAUAACGAGUUAAUAUUGUUUGUUUAUUUUUUUCUUUCCGUCGUGUUACAGAUACAGAGAUAGUACAACAGGAAAAGUCUAUCAUGUCCGAGUGGCUUUACAAGUUCUCGUGAAGCCUGGUAAUUACAGAACAGGUCGGAGUCACCGUGAUGUUGACGCAAACGAGCUGCUCGAUGAAAAUCUUGGCACAGAAAAUCUGGAAUGGUAUUUAGAGAACCAAGGCUCUGUAGUCUUGACCGCUCUGCUUAUAAAUAUUGAGCCAACAUAGCAUUAAAAAUAGCUUAAAACAAUUUUUCGCGAGUUAUUGCUAAAUUAUGAACACUUAGGAUUCAAGGUGUAAAUUAUGAGGAGAUUAUUUAAAGAGACGAUGUAUUUCACGCGGUCAGGGUUUGUAAGAGACUUUUGAAUCGCCAACAAUCAGAGCUUUUAACUAUUACUACUAUUGUUACUUUUAUUCUUAUCAUUAUUGAUAUUAUUACUAUCAUUAUCAUUACUACUAUUAUUAUUAUCUUCAGGUGUAUUUUGAUAGGAUCAUGUUAGCCUUUAAGAUAGAUCUCCCCCCCCCCUGCUGAGCCCACACAUUUGAUCACAAAUUCCUCAGGGUAAACUCGUCUCCCUUUUCUUUUUUAGAAGUAGCCCUUGAGGGUGAUUGGUUCAGAAAGUCUUAAAGAAAAUUGAGUAACAGAGUUAAUGCAGGCUGCAAGGCUGGCUAAAAGUUGUUUUGUGUUCUUCGUUCAUUGAAGAUGUUGUAGUUUAAAAUGAAGGAGCCGCAAACCCAAAAUCCUCCCCCCACUCUCUCCUAGUUGAAUAUUUUGUAAGCCAGAACUUGUUUUAAAGUUCGUCUUUACUAUAUAAAACCCCGUAAUAGAAAAUACAUCUUGAUUACAUCAAGACGUUAAUUUGUCUGAUGAAUUAACAGUGGAGUGCAAAUAGAUAAUUUUUAUGUGUAUUCCUUUAGUAACAUGGCCAAAAUAUUGGCACCACCAAACUGUUGAUUGAAUUUUUGCUGGAGUCAGUAAAAAGUGAUUCAAAAUUAGGUUGUUCUCGUUGGUAUCAUAAUCGGUAUAAUGCUGCUAUCUGAAAAAGUAUUUUUUGAGAAACUAAAAUAUUUGAAGAUGUUAUUUUCUAAUUAAGCUAAAAGACAUUUUGUACAUGGGGCUGGAACCGGUCAGAAAGUCCCAUUACACAUCAAGUAGCGUAACAGUCUAUGAUUUUGAAUUUUUUACAACUGAAAGCCUCAGUCAGUAAGAGAUGGUCAUGAAUGGUAAAGUAUUGAUUAUCCUUCAGAGUUCAAGAUAUUUCAUCAAAAAGUGGAAAUUAAAGAUGAAAGGAUG